AUGACGAGUAAUACUAAUAAUAAAACUGAUCCAAGUGAAAAAUUCCCUCAAUUACACGAGUUAUUUUUAUAUAAGAAAAAAGAUAUAACAGCUAUUCAGAAAAAACUUGGUAUUAACAGUAAUAUAAAUCAAAUGGCAGUGUCGGAAAGCAAGAAAGCGAAAAAACUUGCUGAUUCAUAUGAAUUGUUGUUAGAAUUGGUGGGAGAUUUAAUUCCUAUACAGAAAAAACUUGGUAUAGAUAUCAAUCCCGUUUUAGAAGCGGAACUUAGAAGAGAUAAGACCUCUUCAGAUAAACCAAUUAGAUUAUUUGAUUUACUUUUAUGCUUAGAAGAUGAUAUAGCGUCAAUUCAGGAAAAAAUCGGCAUUGUUGGCUAUACUAAUCAAGAAAUGGCAGAGGAAGCCGAUAAAAAUGCGAGAGUGUACCUCCAAAGGUUUGAGAAAUUCCACGGCCCCUUAGAAGAUGAUAUAGGUAUACUAAUAAAGAAAUUCGCUGAUAUGGGGGUAAAGAAAUUUUGGUUUACUAGUGAGGGGUUACCGUUGUUUCCGAAUGUCACUCUUCAACAAUUGCACGAAAUUUUUGUCAAAAAUUCGGCCAGCGACAAUCGGUGCCCAUGUUUAGAAUCAAAAGUAAAGCAAGAAAAAUUAUCACAGAUAUACCCGUCGUGUAGCACCUGA